AUGCCCGCCAAUAAUCGCAUGCACACGGGGGCCGCCCUGCAAACGCACGGCAUCUGGGCCGACACCAUCGGCUACGAUCCCUACGCCCCGACCGCGACGGGCACCGGGGAGGCGCCCGUGCCCGAGAGCCUGCCCGUGGCCCCGAGCCCCUACGAGAAGGCGCAGGGCCUCCUCGCCCUCGCCCGUCUCACCGGCAGCGGCACCUCCAACAGCCGCGGCACCUGCUACAAGUGCAACGGAGUGGGGCAUCUCACGUUCCAGUGCCGCAACUCGGUCAAGCUGAACCCCAACAACGUUGACGUCUCCUCCACCGAGAGCGAUACCUCCGACUCUGACUCUGGUUCGUCCGACUCGUCCGACUCGGAAGCGGAGCGUAAGCCUGCGCCGCGAGCAGCCGUGCCGGCAGUGGUCGAAAAGGAGAGGGAGGCGGAGAAGAAGAAGGAGAGCCACCGGCGUCGGCAUCGCUCCCGGUCGCGGAGUCCCCGGAAGAAGAGGAGGACGAGCAGCAGAAGCAGCAGAAGCAAGCGAGAGGCGGGAAGCGGCGACGAAAAGGACGAAAAGAGGGAGAGGCGUGAUCGAGAGCGGAGGAAACGUUCGCGCUCGCGCUCGUCGUCGGGUUCGCGUUCGCCGUCGAGCCGCAAGACAAGGAAGCACAGCAAGAGGGACGCCGAACGCAAGAAGCGUAGGAAGGAGAAGCGGGACAAAAAGGAGAAGAAGGAGAGGAGGAAGGAGAAGAAGGGAAGCGACCGCAAGAAGCGCAGCCACAAGCACUCCUCCUCCUCCUCCUCCGACUGA